GCAGCAGUGUCUCCUCAGCCUCAUCAACUCCAGACUGCUUCAUUGUUGUUACGUGGGCAGUGUUAGUCGGCAGUCAGUACGGGUAGAUAACAGACCGUUACACAUCACAGACGGUAUGCUGGACUGUGUUCACCAAGGAAGUAUUAUAUCUAUGAAAACUACAAGAAUACUGGUAGACACCGCAGUGGCAUUUUAAUCUCUGUGCAGCAUCAUAGAAAGUGAUUACCAUCCAGCCCGACUAGUUUUAGUUGCCCCAUCCUAGGUGUAUAUAUAGACCGAGCCUGCGCCAUGGCACUCUUUAGAUCGGAGCUACACGUGCCGGUGAAGAGGGACGAGAUGACGUUCCAAGACAGGCAAGUCAAAUCUUGGGAAGAUAUGGAAGUCAGGAUGGAGAAGCGUAGGAAGGAAUGGGAUAGUGAGUUUGAAACUAUGAAGAACGAAUUCUUUAAGCUGAAACCUACAGAGAAAACUGGCAGUUCUAAUGCAGUAGAUACGCUAGAUAACCUGAAAACUAUUUUUGUUAACGAUCUACAGGGUGGUCAGAAAUUCAAAGUACGCUUUGACGUCAGCGAAUUUAGACCAGAGGAAAUACAGGUUCGUGUGCAAGAUAAUAAAAUAGCUGUUUCGGCAAAGCACGAGGAGAAAUCCACAUCCUCGUCAGUUGUUAAGGAGUACAGUCGGCAAGUGGAUAUACCGAGUAACGUAGACCAAGAUAAACUCCAGUGCAUCCUCAGUAAAGACGGAAUACUGUCCAUCGAAGGUCCAGUAAGAGGACAGAUUUUAGGAAAGGAAACUAUGUUACCUAUUCAGCACGCUGUGGGCAGUAUUUCUCCUUCAACAAACGGUACAAACGGGAUGGCCUGUACCCCGUCUCCUAACAACCAGAUCGCCAUAGCCAGGCCACUAGAGGUCAGCACUAACACGGUUAAGAAUCCUAUAAUAACCGAACCGGACGGAACACGAAAACUCCGGUUAAGUGUUGACGUGGGUGAAUUUAAACCGGAGGAAAUUGUAGUGAAAACAGACAAAAAGAAGUUAAUUGUACAUGCAGAACACGAAGAGAAAUUAACUGGUAGAACAAUGCACAAAGAAUUCAAUAAAGAGUAUGAACUACCCGAUAGUGUAGACCAGACUGCCAUUUCAGCCUACAUUGGAGAGGAAGGUAAACUAUAUAUCGAAGCUCCCUUGAAACAAGUCGCACAGAAACGUUACUCCAUCACACAGAGCCACGACGUCCGGAAAGUGGUGGUCACUAAAGAGUCGCAGGUGACCGUCACGGACAACCAAAACCGGCCUCUGGUCACAAUCAACGUCCAUCGGCGUUAGAUUUUACAGUUCGGAGUCCUACCGUUCGGAGUCCUACUUGGAGGGAACCUCUGUGUUAACUAUGUUAUGCUAGUGGGGCCAUCUUGUGUCUUGUGUGAACCGAAGGACGUUUAUUUCGAGUGAUUAAAGAGUUGAUUUGAUGCUAAGAACAGGAUGAAACAUCAUUAACGAGAAAGAUAGUAUCAAAAAUGAAUACCGGAGUUUUAAUCCGUGAUAAUUCCAGGGAUAUGCUGUUUUACUCUACGAUAAUUAAGGAGGAUUUAAAGUACUCGGUUUAAAAUCAAAACCGAUUUCGGAUAUCAACUUGAUCCUUUUAAAUUAUAAAAUUUAAUUUGGAUUUAACGAUAUCAAGAGUGAUCUUAAUCCAAAGCAAUUUGGAGGUGAUUUUAUAUGAGUCACGAAAUAGUUUCAACUGAAGAAAGGUAAUAUUUAUAUAGUUUAGCAAUUAGGAGCAUGUCACCUCUCAUUUAUUAGAACCAGACAAGGGCUUUCAACUUAAUUAUCAUGCAUGCAAAUUGAUAAAAUAAAACAAAAACAAUCAAUUCCAUAAACAAAUUAUUUGUCAAAACUAUAUAUCAAAUCACCCAUAAAUGUAUCAUGCCAAACUCAUAAGUUGUCAAAAUGUAUUGUAUAGAGGCAUUAAUGUAGGCGUUACAAAGUUUGUAUAUAUUUAGUUAGCGGUGUAGUAGAUGUUAAACUAUAUGUUCCGUCCUCGGUAUGAGAGUCAUUGAAUAUCUACUGAAAUCACAUUUUAUUUCGUACUUGGACAUACACUUACGGAUGAUGCUUCCAGCGGCACUCCAAUAACAUCAACAUGCAUGGGAAACUUACUUGGCGUGGGCUUCAAAAUGUUUCAAUUUGUUAAAGAUGUUGUUAUCAAGAAUAUGAUGAAUUAUUUACCGUCCUAAAUCAACUAAUCUACCAACAUAAGUCUCACACAUAAAGAGGUAAGAUUACUCGAUCUAUACAUUUAGACGUUUUAUCACCUGUACAACUGUCUUAAAAUGUGUUAUCGUUGAUAAUUUGAAGAACAUAAUUUUUUUUUUGUCCUUCCUAAUAACCUAUAUUUUCAACAGUCUCACACCUAAACUAGCUAAAAUACCCACACUAUGUAAAUGUCUGACAUAUCUUUCUCUCGUGAUGCUGACGAAGCAUCAGAUUCUGGUUUUUGUUAGUUCCUAGAUGUGGGUUUCUUUAUCUGCAUCGAACAGGAUGCAAUCUGCGUUCUAAGACGCAGAACGAAAUAAAUCUCCUCGUGUUUCGAACGAGAUAUUCGCUAUCAGUGGAUCGGACUAAUCUUAUCAUUUAUACGGCACCCUACAUUUAAAGGUUUCAUAUUGUUAAUCAUGGUUUUCUGUGGCAAUGGCAUUUUAGUUUCUUAGUCAUCUCUUUAAUACCAAGUGGUUUUUAUUCAUAAGCCUGUUAAGCUUACCGAAAAAUAAAUGAACUAUUUAAAUUUAGGAUAUAAAAUUAAAGUAAAAUCUUAACCAAACAUUCAUGAAUAUUCAUAAGGAAUUUUGUAAGCAACGAAACACGAAUAUAUUUGUUUUAUAAUUUAAAGUAUUUUUUAUGAAAGCACGCUAAUAUUCAAAAUUGCGUGAAAUUGAGAUUACGUAUAUCGGGUUAUAUAAAAUACAGCUGAGCUAUGGCGUAAAGCAAGCUCCGUUUCGUACACUGCUAAUUCUAUGUAAGGGCAUAUGAGACACGGAGCGGUUAUCACGAUUAUAUGCCUGACUUCCUUUAACACAGAGCCCUGAAAUGCCAGAGUAUAUAUAAUAUCUGUUUAUACCAAGUAAACAUGAAACAGAUUGCGUCUGAGAUGCUUCUGCAAACGUUAAUACGUUGCACCUGGCCACACCAAUGUUGCUGGUCUGAUCCGUUCGAGGUACCGCUAAUCUUCGCCACCAGGGGGUUUAUAGCGGCCAGGCUUUUCAUCCCGUAAUUUUUCAACCAAAAUCAUCUGAUUUACGAGUAUCAACCUUAUUUAAGGAUGAGUAGAAUCUCUUUGAUGGUCUUAAAUUGACUUUUACGUACUUUUAAGUAUUAAAAGAAUUUCGUUUUUAACAGACUAGUACAUUACUGGUGUGACGUAUGAUUACCAUGGUCUAAUGUUUCUGUACAAAUAUCUAGUGAAAACGCGUCUAAAUAUAUAUAGAAGGUCAUUUUAACAGAAUUUGUUACCUGAUUCCAGACACAGUUUUUCUCUGAUGUUUGCGAAGGUCAAGUAAUUUCUAUUUAAAAAUAUAACGUUCUAAACUAGCCCCACACUUGUACAGUAUCUUUAAGAUUCGGGAACUAUCUUACCAUCUGCCAAAAUGUUGAUCUCAGCUUUCAAAAUUAAUCAUGGCAACACUUACUUCUUGACAUAAUGGAGUGGAUUUGUUUUGGUAUAAGGCAAUGCUUUAUCGCCAAGACUAAGUUAUUCACAUGUCUGGUUUUCCUACAACAGCUAAAAGAGAAACGUUCUAACCAACACAUAAAGUCCAAAUGAAAAGAUAACAAAUUAAAAAUUACUUUUUAACAUGUUAAGGCACUAAUCUAUAUAAAACAAUGCUUAAUAGUCGAUUAAAUCCAUCAAGUGUUUUUAACAAAGGAAUGAAAAAUAACCAAAAUCAAUUAUGUGAAAUCUAACCAUGCUUUGAAAAUCAUAACCAGACUGAUAAACUAAAGCCUGGCGUUGAAUGAAAUCCAAUAUGCACGUGGAUUUCAUACGCUCGUGUUAGAUGUAUGGACAUGUCAGGGGUUGGGUAGGUCACGAUUCUUGAGUUACACAGGUCUGGGAGUUUAAUUGACGGGAAUGUUUUACAAAUAGUUGGAAUAGUUCGUUCAAAUACGUUUGGUUCGUAUACACCGCCCAGUGUAUCCUGUCUUGGAAAAGGAGAUAACAUAAUUAAAAGACCGUUGCCAUGGUUUCCUUGGCGAGGCCCUUUAAUAACUCUGAUUGUAUCUCCCCAUAAACAAAACCAGUUUCAAGCAGAUCACGAUAUUCUAUAAAGAAAUGAAAAAUAUGCCAAAUUUUAUGAAACAUACAUUUUUAAAACGUGAAUUUUCUGUAGAUCUUACAACAACAAAAAAGACAAAUCAGGCGAUUACGAGUACAAAAACACUAUUGUUUUAAAAACUUUCGGCCAUAUUUUUCCACACGAAUUUGGUUUUGAAACAGAAGCAUACUGUCCUUUACAGGUUACGUGUUUUGACUCGGAGGCCAAUCAUGCAUUCAUUUCCGGUGUUCGGUUUAAUUGUGGGUUUUUUUU